CCUUAAUAUGUAAGAAAGAGAUGAAAUUUCAUUUCAUUAUUUAUAGAUUAGAGCAACAAAAGAAAUGGUUUGAAAACAAACAUAAAGAGAUAGGAGAAGGACUACAAUAUUAAGUUCAAUUAAUGAAUAAAGAAACAAACCCACAAGAAAUAUCAACAGAAGGAGCAAGGGAAGUAAAAAAAGACAUUUCCCAAAUAAUGGGUCAUGGGACAAAAGGAGAGGAUGUAAAAAUGGCUAUGACAUUUGUUCCUCUCGGCAAUUUCCGAAGACCUCAAAUGAGAUCUAUGUCAUGUGGAUGUCAGAGAAUAUACGUCCAGCUGAUCGGCUUCUUGAUUUUUGUUUUGUUGAUUGCUGUAAUAAGAAUGAUAUCAAACAUGCGUGUAGUAUUUGUACAGUACCACAUGGCUAGCGACACAGAUGGUGAACUUGUAUUACUUCCUGUUGAGUUUGCAGCAUCACGAGGGGCCUACUGCUUAGAUGGGUCUCCACCAGGAUAUUACAUUAGAUAUGGUAAGAGUCCUAACAUCAACAAAUGGAUUAUAUAUCUCCCUGGAGGAGCUUGGUGUACAUCAAAAGAAGAAUGCUACAGCAGAAGUUUUACUGAAUUAGGUUCCAGUAUGGAUGCCCCAGCUCUUUCCGCAUUUGGUGGCAUACUGUCUGCUAGUGAAACAGACAACCCAGAUUUCCAUAAAUGGAAUAUGGUCAAGUUUUUAUAUUGUGAUGGAUCGUCCUAUUUAGGAAACAGAAGUAAAACAGUAGAGUAUAAAUCUAAGCAGAUCUAUCUUAGAGGAUUUCCUGUGUUUGUUGCUUUGAUAGACCAUCUCAUUAAACAUACAGAUCUCUCAUCAGCUGAUAAUGUUAUACUAGCAGGAACAUCAGCUGGUGGAAUUGGUGCUUUAAUUAAUGGUGACUUUUUACGAGACAAGCUGUCCUUUGUUGAAUCCCUUCACGUUUUACUUGAUGGUGGUAUGUUUCCAGACCAGCCUAGUUAUACUGGAGAACACAUCAUGGCUAAUUUAUUGAAGAAGACAUUUUAUUUUCACAACAUUAAAGAAUCUGUGAGUAUUAAAGAUUGCACCUCAGAGUUGGAGAUUUCAGAGCAGUGGAUGUGUCUACAGCCUGACUACUACUAUAAACAUGUCUACACUCCUGCCUUCUUUAUACAAUCUCUUCACGACACAUGGUUCUCAGCACAUGCACUAGGUGUACAGUGUUCAUCAAAAGGUUGUAAAGCGUCAGAAAUUCAAACUAUAGAUGAAAGUCGACAAAAUUUCCAUUCCAUAUUUAAAAACGUGAUGUUAUCGAAAGGAGACGGUUUAUUUGUAUCGUCCUGUCCAUUUCACUGGGUUUUGUUAAAAUCUACAUUUUAUGAAAAUUUAAAUAUUAAUGGUACUACUGUUGCAGAUGCUGUUGGUCAGUGGUAUUUCCAUAGAAAAAUGACCCUUGCUCAUCUUGUUCAGAGUGAAUCACUUACUGCAAUGAAAAAUAAAUGUAACAAUAUACAUUAGUCAAUAAGUGUGAGAAAAGAACUAUCAUUUUGUGAAAAAAAGAACUAUAUAUGUAUCUAUGUAUCU